AUGGCCGGUAAUUUUUGGGCCAGUUCUCAUUACCAACAAUGGCUUGUAGAUAGGCAAGAUUUAUACAGGGAACGAGCACAUGAUCUGAAGGUGCUAUCAGAGGAGGACUACCAGAAAAUCAUGAUGCUGUUUUCUAAUGUAAUUCAAACUCUGGGAGAACAGUUGAAAUUUCGGCAGCAGGUUAUCGCCACCGCCACAAUAUACUUCAAAAGAUUUUAUGCAAGAAAUUCACUAAAAUGCAUUGAUCCCUGGUUAAUGGCUCCUACUUGUGCAUUUUUAGCCUCUAAAGUUGAGGAGUAUGGUGUUAUAUCCAACAGUCGCCUCAUUACAACAUGUCAGAACAUAGUGAAAAACAAAUUUGGUCAUGCAUUCAAUGGGGAGUACCCUUACAGAAUACAGCAUGUUUUUGAGGCUGAAUUCUACCUCCUGGAGAUGAUGGAUUGCUGUUUGAUCAUGUACCACCCAUACAGGCCGCUGACUAAAUUUUGUGCUGACUUGAAUGCUGAGGCUGACUUACUUCCUAUUGCCUGGAGAAUGGUUAAUGAUUGUCUGCGAACGGAUGCACCAUUGUUGUAUCCACCUUACCUUAUAGCCCUCUCCUGCUUGCAUCUGGCCAGUAUUGUCAAGCAGAAGGACAUCAAGACUUGGUGUGCUGAGCUGGCGGUGGAUAUGGAUAAGGUCAUGGAAAUAACACGAAUGAUGGUUAAUCUGUACGACCUGUGGAAGACGUAUGACGAGAAGAAAGACAUCCAGGCAAUACUAGCUAGAAUGCCAAAACCAAGCCCUUCCAGACCACCAUCUGAAGCACCAAACCUGCAGGACUCUCAGCAGCAACAACAGCAGCAGCAACAGCUCUUAUCUUCAGUGCCUUAG